GAAAUCCUUCUUUACUGUCCAUUCCGAAUUAAAUAUCCGGUGUUGGUCUCUUCCGCAGUUGGACUUCGACUAGUUCGAUGAAUUGGCUUGUUCGGCGAUUCGAUAAACAUGGUGAAUAUUUGGCAGACCUGAAAUGACUUCUGAUACAUGGAUAUAACAAAAGACAUGCUCCCCCCCCCCCAUGUUUAAAGCAAUGACCGCAGAACUAUUGACUGGCUGAUUUUAGACUGAGAAGAGGAGAAACAUGGAUACAGACAGAACUAGGGAGGAGUUGUACCCCAUCGACAGGGGGUGGGCCUGGGUUGUUCUCUUUGCCUGCUUCUUUGAACAACUGCUGUUGAUUGGAACUCAUGCAUCUUUCGGAAUCCUCUUCAAUGAGUUCCAGAUGGCCUAUAGUUCCUCAGCGACCAUCAUUUCUUUUUCCCUGUCUGUGCAGACUAUAGUCCUGAGUCUGCUCUCAUUGUUCAUAUUGAGCAUCGGAUCCCGUUAUCUGUCCAACCGUGUGUUUGUGAUGAUGGGAGGAUUGACGUCCUUCGCUGCCUACAUGAUCAAUGCCUUUCUGCCAGACAUAUCCUAUCUGAUCCUGUCACAGGGUAUCCUUUUUGGAUUAACCCAUGCUUUUGCUCAGGGUCCGUCAUUGGUUAUUCUCGGAAAAUACUUCAAAAAAUACAGAGGCCUUGCUACCACUUUGGCCAAUGUUGGAGCAAGCUCAGGAAUUUUUAUUUUUCCUCUGGUUCUGCGGAAGUUGAUUGACAGUUAUGGAUUACAAGGUGCCCUUGUCAUACAUAGUGGGUUGUUGCUGAAUUUCCUGGUGGCUGGAAGUCUUUUAAGACCCCUCUCUUUCUAUGACAAACGAUCUAUGAAACCUGUUGCCAAACAUAAGAGAAAAGAAGAAAGUGAAAAAUUAUUACAAGAUCAGAAACCUGUGAUUGUUUCCGAAAGCCAACCAUCUGGCCAACCAGUUUCUAAUAUUAUUGACGACAGUGACAAAGUCCAAGGAACGAAUCAGAACUGCCAAAAUUCUUUGAAAGAUUUCCUUCAGCUGCACCCCAUGAAUGAUUCUCUUGAGUCUUACACUAGAAACAGAACUUUUUCGGAUAGUCAAAAAGAACGACCGAAAAAUAGAAUAACUAAUGAUCAUCUAAAACCAGAAAUGUCCCAUUCCACAAGGUCUUUAAACAGAGUGCUGGAUCGUGUGGUAAUUAGUGGAGAUCUGGCGGUUGCCUCUAGCAUAGGGGAUAUUUCAGGUUCAGUGUACAGUGUGUCUGGUUCAAAGUCUGAAGUACAUGUUAAACCAGAGGACCAAAACACAAACUCUGUGGAAGAAACUCAGGAGACAAAAGACAGAGUGUUGACUUUUCUGAAAGAACUUAUUGGCUUGAAGUGCCUGAAAAUUCGUAUUUUCCGGAUUUGGUUGGUAGUGGCUUUCUUUGGUAUACUAGGAGCGGCACAGAUAAUUACUUAUAUCCCUCCUCUUGCUGCAGAAAAGGGCGUUGAUAAGAGCCAAAGGGUAUUUCUUUUAACUAUCGUUGGCGCUUCCGAUCUCGCAGGAAAAUUUGUUCUGACAAUCAUUACAUUCUUUAACAUAUUUCCAAAAGACAUCAUGAUAGCUGUUUCUCUGUGGAUGAUAGCUGCGGUUUUUUUCUGUGUUCCCGUUUUCACCGACUUCUCCCAUUUUGUUGUACUGGCUGCAGUACUAGGAUCAUGUACUGGGGUUUAUUUUGCUCUAUUUCCUGCAGUGAUGGCCGACUUGGUCGGUCUUGAGAACUUAUCUGGCGCCAUGGGUCUCACAAUGCUAGCACACGGAUUCUCUCUUACCAUUGGAAAUCCGAUUCUUGGUGCCAUUAAGGAUACUACUGGGUCGUUUGUUGGAUCGUUUCUUUACACCGGCGGGUGUACAUUCGUGAGUGCCCUAGCCAUGACCAUUUGCUAUCUCUACGGAAAAAAAAUGAAACGACAUACUCAAAACCGCCAUGACGUCAUUGAAAUCGUCGCAGACGAACCGUGCCAAGGAUAAACUUUGAUUUGAUGGACAAGAAAAAUGACCUUACAUGUAGCUUGUUUGAUUUUUCGGCGAAGGGAUUUUUUGUUAUUGAUUUUUACAUAUAAUAAGUUUGUACAUUAUUUUUGUUAUUAUACUUUGUAAUCAUACACGUGUAUUGAUGACAGUUUGAAUUCAUUUGAUUACUUUUUCCUUUUCUUUUCUUCAAAAUGUCGAACAUUGUUUUUGCGCAUUUUAAAUUUUUAGACAGUCACAUAAUAUUUUUAGGAACUGACAGAUAUUUGUCAUAGAAUAACAAGCUUAAUCCAUGACCUCAGGCUGACCAUAUAAUUAAUGGUGUCACUUCAGACUUAAACUGUUUAUUUUUCAAAAUUCACAACUUUACAUGAAGGUUAUACAUGUUCAUUAAAAAUAACUUUUUGGAAAAAAUACUCUUGACAUUUUUUAACUCAUCAUAAAUAUUUGAGAAGCAGAAAACACCAAAUCAUUCUGCAAGGCAUUGUGCUUUGUUUACGUUGAAGUUACACAUGUGCUUGAAAGUCAAGCCCGGGUCAUUUUCACCAUCUUACGGAAACAACGCGCAUCAAAUUUUCAAGCAGACUUCUCAUUAUUACAAAACCUGUAUAUUAAAACAUAUAUAUAUAUUACACAUUGUUUUUAUCUCAUGAAAACACCAGCCUCUGCCGCGGGCAGAAACGUCCGACAUUCAGAGGAGAAUUUGGGAUUAUUUGCCUCAGUCAUGUAAUGCCGUGAACCUAAAGGGAAUUAAAACACUGCAUAUGAAGCAUUAUUUUUUUUAUUAAGUUCAAGUCCAUGACAGCAUUGACAGGUGCUUUUUCUCUUCAUGACUCCUAAUAUAAAUGACUUACUUUAAUACCUCUGUUUAAUUUUUUUUACUGGAUAGCAAUCUUUGUGUGCCAUAUGCCUAUAUACAUGUAGUUCUGAAAUGCGCUUUUGCUUGUUAUAAGAAAAAAAACCCAUUUUAAUUGAGUGUCUAACUAAUAAAUUAACAGUGUUUGGUUUUA